GAAACAGAAACGAGAGAGGGAAGCUCGGUCUAGCACGCUGAGAGAUGUCCUGAUUGCAAGGCAGACGCAGAUGGAGGAGAAGUUGCAGAAAAAAGAAGAGAGGAAAAUAGAGAUUGCUGCAGAGAAGAAGGCAAUGGCUGAAGCAGUCAGAAAAUUUGAAUAUGAGGAAGAGGAAGAACGUAAAAGAAAAGCACAGAAGGCCAAAGAGUACAGGGACCAGCUCACAACUCAAAUUGCCUAUCAACAGUUGCUCCAAAAAGCUGAAGAAGAGAAGAGGAAGAAAGAAGAGGAAUCAAAUAUGGAAGCAGAGAGACAGUACCAAGAACAGAUACAGUUCAUUCAGUCAAUGACCUACAAGUUUGAAGUAAAGCCCCCCACUGCAGAAAAGGCACUAAGGCCUGCCUCUUAAGGGCAUCUCUUACUUUGGUAUUUUAGCUCACUCAGUUGCCUUUUAAAACAUUUUCUUAGGAUGCUUAUGCCUGACUUGAGUUGGAAGAACCCUCUCCACUGUGAUACUCAAAACAUUUAAUUGGAAAUUACAAG